CCUUCUCCGCCAUUACCCACCCCGAGCUCUCCCUUGUACCCCCGCCGCCGCUACUAGACCAGGCUCGCGCUAUUAUCCCCUAUAUCAGCCGCUAUCACGAGCUACUAGUAGCGGCCGGCCCUCUCUACUGCUACCUGGCUUUGCCCCGAUGAUGCCGCAGCAGGAGGUGGCCGACCAGAUCGCGGCGGAGCGGCCAGCGGGGGGGCUGCAGAGGAGCGGCUCGGCCAGCCGGCUCAACGCGCAGGCGCCGGAGUUCGUGCCGCGGGUCGCCCCCGCGGCGGCGCCCCCUCCGCCGCCGCAGGUGAUCCGCGUGUUCGCCGCGGCUCCUCCCCCUCCGCCGCCGCCGCGGGCGGCCUACUUCGCGGCGCCGCCGCCGCACCACCGGCCGUUCGAGUACUACGCGCCGGUGAGGGGUGGUGGGGGUGGCUUUGCCGCCGCCGCCGCCGAGGAGCAGGAGCCGGAGGUGGAGCGCGCUUCGCCGGAGGCGGUGGAGCCGCUGGUAGACGGGCUACCCGACGAGGUGGUGCACAAGAUCACCAAACAGGUGGAGUUCUAUUUCAGUGAUAUAAAUCUAGCAACGACGGAACACCUGAUGAGAUUUAUUACCAAGGACCCUGAGGGAUAUGUGCCAAUAACAGUAAUUGCUGGCUUCAAUAAAAUAAAAGCGUUAGUGCAUAAUAAUUCAAUGCUUGCCGCAGCUCUUCGUACCUCAUCAAAACUUGUUGUAAGUGAUGAUGGGAAACGAGUCAAGAGGCUCCAGUCAUUUACUGAAUCUGAUAUGCAGUACCUCCAGUCCCGAAUAGUUGUUGCAGAAAAUCUUCCUGGUGAUCCCUGUUAUCAGAAUCUUAUGAAGAUCUUUUCAGCUGUUGGCAGUGUGAAGACCAUUCGAACUUGUUAUCCUCAAUCUUCAAAUGGCAAUAGUCCUGCUACUAAUAGAUCUGCCAAGCUAGAUAUGCUGUUUGCCAACAAGCUGCAUGCUUUUGUGGAGUAUGAGACUAUUGAAGAUGCUGAGAAGGCGAUUCUGGAGCUUAAUGAUGAGAAGAAUUGGAGAAAUGGGCUUAGAGUUAGGUUGUUGAAUACCUGCACGACAAAGGGGGCAGGCAAAGGGAAAAAGGGAAUUUAUGAAGCUGAUGGAAAUGGCGAGGAGGAUGUCUCCACUUCAAACCAAUCAAAUGAGAAGCAACUCGAACAGCCCUCUCUAUUGUCAGAUAUGUUGCCAGACCACUUGUUCGAUGACGGUUCCAAUGAUAAGGAAGGUCCAAGACGUGGCAGAGGUCGCGGUCGUGGUGGCAGAGGGCGAGGGCGUGGCUACCAUCAGCAUAACAACAACCACCACCACCAGAACUACCCCAACGGUCAGCACCACAAUCACCAUGGCAGCAACCACCACCACCAAGGUAGCAACCGCGGUGGUGCCCAUCAUGUCGGUACUCCGCCCAAUCAGCAGCAAGCCAAGCCUGAGCAGCACCUGCAGCUGCCAAUUGGCGCCACCAAGCAGCCACCUGGCCCCCGCAUGCCAGAUGGCACCCGGGGUUUCGCCUUGGGCAGAGGGAAGCCGCAGCCGUUGCUACCAGGUUUGUGUGCGGCCGUCGAGCCUUGAAAACCCUAUUGAUUCAUCGUCAUGAGAGGUAUUCCGGUGAGUAUGCUGGUGUGGUGAUGAUAGAGAUGGCUGGAGGACUUGUCAUUUUCAGAACAUGUUGCUUGAUUUUUGAUGGGUCUGUGGUGAAGUGUUUGGGACCGUCUGGUUAUGGUAUUGGUAUUGUCAUGUGCUUUGAAGCCAAACGUACGUUCUGGUUGGUGAGUUGCAUGGUUUUAAAGCUGGUUACCACUACCAUUUUGUAUCUCUAUUUUUGGACCCCAAGUUUACUACAUGGGGAAGAGUGGAAGACAUUAUUCAUCAAAAAAUGUUACAAAAAAAAAAGCAGAGUAAAAGAUGAUGAUGCUUGUGUCU